GCCCCAAUGUCCGGCUGCACUCGGGAUCUCCUCCGUCCAGCAGCGCUCAUGGCACCAAAGAAAGCAAAGAAGAGGACGGCAGAAGGAGCGAACUCCAACGUCUUCUCUAUGUUUGAACAGGCUCAGAUCCAGGAGUUUAAGGAGAGAGGCUGCCGGCUCAACGUGAAGCAGGAGGAGAUUGAUGAGAUGCUGAAGGAGGCGUCGGGCCCGAUCAACUUCACCGUCUUCCUCACCAUGUUCGGAGAGAAACUCAAAGGAGCCGAUCCGGAGGAAACCAUCCUCAACGCCUUCAAAGUGUUCGAUCCCGAGGGGAAGGGAAUCCUGAAGAAGGAAUAUAUUACUGAGAUGCUGACCACGCAGGCCGACCGGUUUUCUGCUGAGGAGAUGGAGCAGAUGUUCACCGCGUUCCCUCCAGACGCUGCGGGAAACCUGGACUACCACAAUCUGGUCCACGUCAUCACUCACGGAGAGGAGAAGGACCAGGAAUAGUUCACUCGCUCCUCAGCCAAUCACAGUGCUCCCUGCGUGUUUGUACCCGCCCACUUGUUUAUGACUGACAGGCUUGAAACGGAUGUAGUUACUGAAACAAGUAUGUUCUGAUUUUUUAACGUAUGAUGAUGUUGUGUUGAUGUUUGCACCUUUG